CUGGCUGUGCGCCGGAAGAGGUUCCGGAGUGCUGAGCUGGUCAGCCGGACCGGUGCUUUGACCCGCCUCCUCGGGGGAGGAAGACGAGCACGAACACGGCAGCCGGCCUCAGAAAGUGAGGGGAAACUAUGGCGCAGCCGAAGGGAGGAAAAGUUGGAACGAAAGGGAAGAAGCAGAUUUUCGAAGAGAACAAGGAGACCCUAACAUUCUACUUGCGAAUUAUUCUGGGAGCAAAUGCUAUCUACGGCACAGUGAACCUCUUCCUGUUCUACAGCUCAGUCACGUUCUGGACCUGGGGAUUCUUGGCUUUUGCCUUUGUUGUCUAUAGUUUCAGCUACCGUUGGAUGCAGGGAAUGGCACAGCCUGUGUUCUCUGAGGAACGUGUCCUACUCGACGGAGGCAUCGACCUGAACAUGGAGCAGGGUAUGGCAGAGCAUCUGAAGGACGUGAUCUUACUCACUGCUAUCUUGCAGGUCCUCAGCUGUGUAUCCAUGUACUUCUGGUAUCUGUGGCUCUUGGCACCAGGUAGGGCUCUCUACUUGCUGUGGGUGAACAUCCUGGGACCUUGGUUUACAGCAGAGCCUCCCGGUAAUCCGGAGAUGUCUGAAAAGAAGCACAGGCGACAGGAGCGCCGACAGAUGAGAAAGCAGCAGUAGGACGAGCUGCUUCCAGACCUUUGUUUACCGAUCGAGUCCUCAGAGCCGUGCGCUGAGAACGUAGCCGUCGCCCCACCCCUCUCGCCAAGAUUUCUCUGCUACCUCGGGCCUCUCGUGAAGAGGCCUACCUGUGCUGAGGGAACGCACUAGCUGUUUCUCAAUGGUUGGCACCCCCCACCCCUCCCUGUACGUCCUGUUGCUGUGUAAUUAGUCCAAGGCUUUUUUAAAAGAAAGAAUUGAGCCACUGCUGGCCAUUCUCCUCCGUGUGUCUGCACCUCAGGUUGAUUCAUGCUCCGCUGCUUGUUAGCUUUAGGUGCCAUUUUCCUCCACCCCCCGAAGGACAGCACCACUGAGCCAAAUGGGUGGGUAAAGUACUGAAAUCUUUGUGGAACCAAACCGGCUUAGCGAUGCCUCACUACCUCAGCUUUCGAGUUUGCGUGUCCACGUUUGUUCCGAGCAGCAGCUUUCCUUGGAGACCAGCUCUUCAGACGUCGGACAUCUUUUUACCACUGUGUUGGUGGGUAACCCUCAGCAUUGAUUCCUGGCUAACCAAGAAGGAGAGAAUAGAUCGUGCCCUGCCCUGGCCUGGCCCUCGUGGACCUUUCACCACAGGAUCCUGAGUGGCCUAUAGACUACGCACGAGGGAUCAGAGCUUUCAGUUCCAGUGACUGGGAAUUUUAGUUAGGAACGGCUCGAGGAAAACCCCCUUGUGCCUCAGCACGUUUGUUGAAAUGUUCAAACCCUUGGCCAGUGCCAGUCAGUGAUCUAUCGAUUUUGCAGUGAUCCUAUGUCUGCCCGUUACCCUGCCCAGAAAAUAGUGGGAUGGGUAGCGAGCAGGAGUUACUAUCCCAGGGAUGUUGGGGCAAGGGUUGGCCAACCAGAGGGAGGGAGAGAGCGAGCUUCUGUUUGCCCACUGCCUGAUCCCACCCUCCAUGUGGGACGCCACAACUCCCAGCUCCCUCCUCACUGAGUGGCACAUUGGAAUGGAUGGGAGUUCAUUUAACCUGUUCUAAUCAGUGAGAUCAUGGCUUAUCUAUGUCUCAACUCCAUCGACUUGCCUUCACUUUGUACACCUGCGAUCUCCCCUUAUUCUAGACUCGCAGUGGGAAAAACUCUUCCUUUCCCUCAUGGUUUCCUUACUCUACCCCUCCCCCAAAAAAACCCAUCCUAUUCCAAGGAGUAUACACGGGGAAUAUUCUAAUAAAAUGGAGCAGGGCUACACUGGCAAGAGUGCUCCUACGUCCAGGGUCAGUCUUUAAAUUUUUUUUACCAUUUUUAAUGAGCUGUCGUUUUCACCGUUGCUCUGUCAGAUGUGGCUGUCAGUAUUCUACUGCCCUUCUUGCCAAGAAGAUCAUGAGUUCAUUCAACACAGGCCUUGAGCAGAGGGUGACAUUCCAGUGCAGUACUAGAGGGGUGCUGCAUUGCCAGCAGCGCUAUCUUCUGCGACAAGACAUAAGAACAAGGCUCCAUCUGACUUCCUCUGCAGUUAACAGAAUCCCAGUGGCACUUAGAGUUCUCCAAGUCGAUAUUUGUACCUCAGCCAACAUCAUAAACAGAUUACCUGGUCGUCAUCGCAUUGCUGUUUCCUGGUGAGCCCCCGCUGUACAUAAAUGGGCUGCUGUAUCUCCCUACAUUGCGACAGCGACUGCUCUGCAAAUGGCUGUCACACAGUAAAGCUCGUGGGAAUGUCCUGCGGAUGUGAAGAGUGCAAUAUGAGUGUACGUCUAACUUUUCCUCGUGCGAAUGAGCUACUGUCGAGCGAGUUGAGUCUUAAUAUCUCUGCGACAUAUUUGGAACUAGAGACAAAAUGCUACUUGACAUGGUCAAGCAAGGCCGUCUUUGUGGAUUAGGCGGCUGGGGGGAGAGACCUGCAGGGUUUUACACUUAGAGUCUAUGCACAGGGGAGAAUGCUGUGGCAGCAAACUUACCCCCAAGGACCAAACGUUUUCACAUCUUAAAUGUAUCAGUGUCUUAACUCAUUGCCUACAGGAGUUGAGGGUGCAUGAUGGCUGACAGAUCAACAGUCAAGGCUGAACGACUUCGAUCUUCUCCCCUUACUGUAUUGAAUCAGUGACAAAUAACUAUUUAAAAUUUUAUUAAACUCUAAGAAACAAUCAGUUUACACAAUAUCAAAUGCAUAUUGAAUAAAUAUUGUACGAUACGC